AUGCAGAUGGCUGAAGCCGACCCCAACAUCAUGUCGUCUCUCCUGGACUCGACAGUCUAUGGAAGCUUUGACGCCAUGUCCAUGAGCGUCGACAACCCCAACGACGAGAACGCCAUGUCUACCUUCAACUUUGUCGGCAAUACACCAAUGCCCGACGGCCUCCCCGACGAUACCCCUUCCAUGAAUAACAAUUAUUCCAACAAUGGCGACGAUGCCUCCAGCGUAGUUGGUGGGGGCCCCAUGCCCUCUAGCGGCUUCAAUUCGCAGGCUUUGCAGCAGGCCGGCAGCACCCUCACCGAAUUCACAAAGAGACGCAACUGGCCCGCAAAGGUCGUCGAAGAGCUGAAAGACUUCCUCCAGAUACUUGACGCCAAUGGUCGCAUACGUUUCGUCUCCCCGAGUAUUCUGAAUCUUACGGGUUACACUGCCGACGAAAUCCUCGACACAUUCCUCAAGGAACUCGUCCACCCCGACGACCAGGGCGUCUACGUCGCCGAGCUAAACGAGUCUAUAGCAUCAGGAAACCCGCUUCGCUUGUUCUUCCGGCUGAAGAAGAAGGACGGUAAAUACGCCAUUUUCGAGUCGGUCGGUCACGCCCACAUCGCCGCAUCCAAGUUUGCGCCGAACCCGCACAAUCAAACGCCGUUUUGCCAAGCCGUCUUCAUGAUGUCGCGCCCGUAUCCAACAAAAAAUGCCGGCCUACUGGACUCAUUCCUGGAACACAAGAUUGAGAACGAACGUUUGAGGAGGCGCAUUGCCGAGCUGCGCAAGGAGGAAGAGAUGGAGAAUGAAGAAUCACAGAGGCAGUGGCUCCAGAGCCAGGAAGGCAGGUCGGACGUAACACCAUCGGAAACCACAAUGACAUCCGCCCCGAGCGCCAUAUCUCGGGCCGGUGACGGAGGCGACAGGUCGUCGGCUCUCAACGUUGCGCUUACACGCGAGGCACUGGAGGGUGUUGCGGGGAGCCGCCCGGAUUCACUGAAGGACAAGAUGGCCAGAUAUGAAGGGAACUCACACACUGAUACUAUUGAGAUGUUGACUGGACUGAGAUACAUCGAAGGCGAGAGGAGCCGCGGCAUCACGACAGGAAACGCAAGUCCGACCUUGAUCAAGGGAGACGCGGGCAUUGCGAUUCCACAGGACCGGGACCCUCGGACAGGUGACAAGAAGAAGAAGCUCAAGACUUCGGAGGAAUAUGUCUGCACGGACUGUGGUAAGCUCCGACUUUGA